AUGUCUUGGAACCUUCAAAGCCUUCCUCUCAAACUCGAAGUACCUGUUCCUUCGGACAUUGCGAUCUCGAGAAGUCAAACUCCGAAAAAUAUCGAACAGUUAGCUCAAGAGGUGGGCAUUCUGCAUGAAGAACUCGAUCCCUAUGGAAGGAAAAAAGCCAAGGUAUCGUUGGAUGUUCUGCGAAGAUUAAAACAUGUGAAGGACGGAAAAUACGUCGUAGUUGCUGGUAUCACACCCACACCGUUGGGCGAGGGAAAAUCAACUACGACGAUGGGAAUCGUGCAGGCCUUGACGGCCCAUCUUCACAAGAAUUCUUUCGCAUGUGUUCGACAACCGUCACAAGGUCCAACGUUUGGCAUCAAAGGAGGAGCAGCUGGAGGAGGAUACGCUCAGGUGAUACCGAUGGAAGAGUUCAAUUUGCAUUUAACUGGCGACAUCCAUGCUAUCACUGCUGCCAACAAUCUUUUAGCAGCUGCUAUCGAUGCACGAAUGUUCCAUGAAAGCACUCAGAAGGAUGACGCCCUUUUCAAUCGACUAUGUCCCGCUAAUAAGCAAGGUGGUGUAGCCAUUCAUUACAUUAAAAUACUGGGAUGCUUCGACGUUCAGACUUUGCUAGUGGAAAAAUAA